AUGAGCGAGACCAGUCAGUACAGUGGGAAACCUCGCUCACGACAGCGAACAUACAAAACGCCACCGAAGCUAGAUGUACCCGAGAUUGAAGACGACGCUGUAGAGAGAAAGCGGGUUCUUAACGUACUGGCACAGCGAAGAUACCGCGAGAAGAGGAGACAACGCCGGCUUAAACAACCGUCACAGAAAGGGCCCGAGGAUGAGGCGGUGGAAAAGACCUCGGAAAAGACCCUGGGAAGCGAAAACCAAACUCAGAUCAACUGCGCCUCUGAUACUUUAGAUAUCGGUGGUACAGAUGGGAUUGAUAGUGGGUGGCCUGUUUCGCUUGACAUGUCCAUGACACCGCUGCUUCUCAACUCCAACAUUGAACCAACUAUCUCGCAAAUGGACAUUGAAUGGGCAGAUCUCUCUUCGGAUUUGACUUCAGUUGGAGGCAUUCCCUCGCUGGAGCUGUUUUCAUCGUCAAAUGUCAGCUCGUCGCCAGCCUUUGGCACCAGCCCCAGAAGUGUCCAGUCCGACGGGAGUUUGUCUGAUAGCUAUCUUUUGCCCGUCUAUGAGCUGACACUUCUGAAAGGGCUUUUACGUAUAGCAGAACGUCUUGGUUCCCCUGAAGACGUCUGGAGCUUGACUUCACAGUCUCCAUUUGCCGGAGGUGGUGGCACGCCUGCUAAUCAGUUGCCCCCCACGUGGCAACCAACAACAACGCAGAUUCUAAUGCCUCACCAUCCAUUUUUGGACUUUUUGCCAUGGCCAAGUGUACGGGACAGGGUGAUUAACAUUUUUGCUCUUCCGGAAAGGUCACGGCCGCCAAGCGCGGCCGGGCCUACAGGGCUGGCAAACCUGGCAUAUGACAUUGAGGACAACUCGGAAGGUGUGAGAAUAUAUGGCGAUGAUCCUUAUGAUCCGACAUACUGGGAGGUGGGACAAGUUUUCUUCCAGCGAUGGUGGUUUUUAUUUGACAGAGAUAUCAUCGCGACGAGCAAUCGCUGGCGACGGUUGCGCGGUGCGCCACCGCUCACAAUCAAGGCAGCUGACGAAGAUGCUGCCUCGACGCGUCUCAUAACACCUCUUGUUUCCCUCUCACAGGAAAGCACAUCUCACGAGGGGAAGCUGUGUUUGAGCUUUGUGGCUGCGAGCCCCGAUAGCCCUGCGGAGAAUAUCCGGGUGGGUUGCGGGGGUUGCGACUCCUGUCGGGCAGCUGCCUGCGAGUUGAGCGAUGAAGGCGGGAAGAUCCGAGGCGGGCGGGGAAUUUGCUCUGGGCGUGACACAUCGAAGGCCAGCAAUCGUACGGAAACUCAAUGCGGUGCAACGUGUGGUCAUCUGUUUCUGAGUAUCCUCCACCAUCCAAACAAUUUGUACGAGUGGCAGCGUGAUGCCAGAAUGCUAGCUAGUGGCCAGCAAGCGUUUAAGGCUGCUCUGUACCAGACAGCGACCGGUCCCCUAUUAGAAGCUGGGAGGGUCGAUUUUUGUUGCGGGCAAUGGAGCAGCCCCGUCGAUUGCGCAAUUGCUGGGGGCACUCCAAUUCGCCGGACCAUCGGUGCCAUGCAGACUGGCCGCGAGAGUGGAUGCGAAUACGGAUCUUGUGCGUGA